ACUUUUCAAGGUUGCUAUGACUGCAUUAUUUAAAUCCGGUUUUUCGCCGAUGCACCGGUUACGUUUCCUUCCGUGCUCCUCCAGUUGCUCUCAUGUGCUCACUUGACAAAGCUGUGUCGCUCACCCCCGCGGAACGAAGGGAACGACUAGAGAAAAUAAAAGCAGCUAUCAUAUGUAUCCCAGAUUUCCCCACACCUGGCGUUCUCUUCAGGGACAUCUUCUGUCUGUUCCGGGAUCCUGAGCUGAUGAUCUACAUGGUUACAGAACUUAAACAAGUGGCGCAGGAAUGUGUCAGCCCAGAUAUGAAGAUCAACGCUGUGGUUGGUCCAGAUGCUCGCGGCUUCCUGGUUGGUCCUCUCUUAGCUAUGCACCUGCAUUGCGCCUUUGUGCCGGCUCGAAAAGCAGGAAAGCUUCCUGGAGAAUGUCGUUCCGUUACAUAUAACUUGGAAUAUGGUACUGCCACGAUGGAAAUUCAGAAGGAUGCAAUCAAGCCAAACGAUCAUGUGUUGCUCAUUGAUGAUGUUCUGGCCACUGGAGGCAGCUUGAAGGCAUGCGUGGAGCUUAUACGAGAAAGCGGUGCUUUUGCAGAAGCUGCAAUCGCUCUGGUCGAACUCGAUGAUCUGAAUGGCCGUGCCAAAUUGGAGUCUGUGCAGAUUCCCGUGCAUUCACUGAUUCAUUAUUAACACUUCUUCGAGCAAUGUUCCUCGAACUCAGUGGUCUUUUGAUUUUUUUGUACACCCACGUUGCCUUAUGCACUUUUGUCCAAUUGUUGUUGUGGAAAACAACCUUUCGGUUCCUUUUGCGAUUCCCCGCUAAUGCCACUAAUUUCUGAGCACUUCUGUGAACAUUAUUUCUACGACCGCCGGCACCACACGGUGGAUUACAAUCUUCUUCCACUUAGUUAAUCUAAACAUACUUUUUCUUGUCCGGUAAGAUCUCCCUUCAAACCCCCCGAAACUUGCUCAUUCAUUCUGUACGAGAAAAGUCGAUGAUCUUAUGUAAGUGCACCCAAUUUGUUUCGCACAGCAACAUUACGUGGCCAGUCAUUCAACCAAAGGGCCUUUCCCCCUCAAUCUUUUUGCUGUACCACGUACUCAGAUACUCCUUAACUUUUGCAGUAGCAAGCCGUUAGCACCAAUUUUAAUUUGUUUUAAAGAUUUUCUCAGUCUGCUUUUCUCCACAGUGCAUAAGGGUUUUGUGAAUUUGAUUCUGUUUGGAGCAUCAGUUCACCGGGGCAUAUUCUCCUUCGGUGAGUCUGUCACUAUCCUAACAUCCUGCACCAACAUCUUCUAAAUCAAUCAUUCUAAGUUAAAAGAACCGGUGAAAACCCACCACGUUUCACACAAAUACACGGACGCGUGGUUUG